GUGGUGUGGACAGUCGGGGUCGGUGAGGCCGGCAGGGAGGUGUGGGCCGGGUCUGCUGCCACGUUGUGCCAGCAGAGAAGUGUAAGGACUGUGGCGCUCUUGGUCUCUCAGGUUUUGGUGAAAUUUGGGAAGCUCGAAACCACCAUUUUAGAAUCGGGGUUGGAAAAAAAAUCGGGUUUGGAACGGGCUAAGAACACCCACCUCCCCGUCCCAGCUAAUGCUCCGCCCACCACUCCGGAGGCCCGGAAGCGGACGUGAUGGAUACGGAAGUAGCCUGCUGUUGCCGAGGGGACGGAACGGGCAGAUGCCAACAUGGCAGCGGUUGGGGUUGGCGGAUCUGCCGCGGCGGCCGGGCCAGGGGCCGUAUCCGCUGGCGCGCUGGAGCCUGGGUCCGCUACAGCGGGUAAUGUGAAGCACCUGGUUCUCUUCCUCCACGAGGCUGUCCUGGUGCAAUAUGUGGACACACUCAAGCUCGCGGUGCCCUCUCUCAUCUAUACUUUGCAGAAUAACCUCCAGUAUGUUGCCAUCUCCAACCUGCCAGCUGCCACUUUCCAGGUGACAUAUCAGCUCAAGAUCCUGACUACAGCACUGUUCUCCGUGCUCAUGUUGAACCGCAGCCUCUCACGCCUGCAGUGGGCCUCCCUGCUGCUGCUCUUCACUGGUGUGGCGAUUGUCCAGGCACAGCAAGCUGGUGGGGGUGGCCCACGGCCACUAGAUCAGAAUCCCGGGGCCGGACUAGCAGCUGUGGUGGCCUCCUGUCUCUCCUCAGGCUUUGCAGGGGUAUACUUUGAGAAGAUCCUCAAAGGCAGCUCAGGUUCUGUGUGGCUGCGUAACCUCCAACUAGGCCUCUUUGGCACAGCACUGGGCCUGGUGGGGCUCUGGUGGGCUGAAGGCACUGCUGUGGCCCGUCGAGGCUUCUUCUUUGGAUACACGCCUGCUGUCUGGGGGGUGGUACUAAACCAAGCCUUUGGUGGGCUACUGGUGGCUGUUGUAGUCAAGUACGCUGACAACAUCCUCAAGGGCUUUGCCACCUCCCUGUCUAUUGUGCUGUCCACUGUUGCCUCCAUUCGCCUCUUUGGCUUUCACCUGGACCCAUUAUUUGCCCUGGGCGCUGGGCUCGUCAUUGGUGCCGUCUACCUCUACAGCCUUCCCCGAAGUGCAGUCAAAGCCAUAACUUCUGCCUCUGCCUCUGCCUCUGCCUCUGGGCCCUGCAUUCACCAGCAGCCUCCUGGGCAGCCACCACCACCACCGCAGCUGUCUUCUCGAGGAGACCUCAUCACGGAGCCCUUUCUGCCAAAGUCAGUGCUGGUGAAGUGAGAGCUGGUGGUGGGGGAGCCAGGGUAGGGGCCUGGGUUUGCAGAGGUUGGGUUUCUGCAGGUCCAAAGUUAUGGCGAGAGCCUGACUUGUGGGGUUGGAGGGUUUUUUUUUUUCUCCCACACUUCUAGAGGGAUAUGGAGCUAGGGCUGAAUGUCACAUGGAUAUGGAGCUAGGGCUGAAUGUCACAUGGACUCCCCUUUCCUGAAGGAGCUGCUUCCUCUGCCCCAGGCUAACCUCUUUGGGAACAGGGUUGGGGUACCACUAUUCCAGGCUUUCCCCCAUAACCCUUUGCUGGAGAUGUCCUGUCUCUCAUGCCUGGGACAGUUCAUCCCAGCCAUCCUGCAGACUGGACAAAAGCCCAGCAGUUCUUCAGUAACGACUAAUGAACUACUCGUGGGGUUCCAUUUCCUAUUGUGUGAGGCCUUCUCUCCUGCACCAUCACCCUGGAUCAUGUCUGCAGCUUGGGCUCUGCUGUGGCUUUGGGGCAGUUUCCCUGGUACAGAUACCCUUGAAGAUCGGCCUGUUGUAAGUGCCCGGAGUGAGGAGAGAGGCACAAGCUGAGAAUUUGGCAUCAGCUCUUCAUGGGGGAAGUGCAAUAAGCACCAUUUACUUUUCAAUAUGUCGGGCAUUUGUGAUAUCAGGUUAAUGAUCCAGAGUGUUGGCAAAAUGGGGAGGGGAGGUCUUUGAAGUGGCUGAGUCUUGUGUAAUUGGAGAGACAGAGAUGAAGGAUUAUCUUCUGAGACAUCCAGAGAGGAAAAAUAAAGCUGCCAGUCCACUCUCGCAGCCCCAUUGGCUGUUUUAAAACACCCUUACUUCAUGGCGGGUGUCAGAAUUGAUGAAUUGUGGAACCUGCACCCCUGCGCUCCCCAAAGCUUACUAACUCCUUAACUGUAUCCCAGAUGUGUGUGUGUAUGUGUGAGCGAGCACACGUGUGUGCAUAAAUGCACGCAUGGAAGGUGCCUGGGCUGUCUUUGCUAUAUGUAAAUAGGACCAUUGGAUCUUUAUUUUUGAUUAAUUUGGUCUGUUUUUUUUUUGGGGGGGGGUGUUGUUUUCUAAGGCACUGUAAUGAACAUAUGUCAGGAUACCCAAUGCCAAAUAAAGAUGAUGUAUUUAUUUA